ACUCAAUGGAUGCGUCCCAGAGGCGAAAUGGGAAAUGAUGGAGCGAUGAGCCGAUGACAGCGCCGUGGUCUUAGUUAAAACGCAGUCAUUCACUCAUUGCGGAAGACGCGGUCAUUUCCACUCUCCCACCUCGCAACACACCCCACGCCGGGACUUCCAAGACUUGCGCCUGCGUGAAUUGAAGAUGCCCGCGGAGAUGGGUCGUUCAGUCACCAUGCGAUGCUCGUUCGCAGCUCAGAUUCGUCGAUAUUCGGCGGCACCAUCUCGCUCCAUUCCUCCUGCCAAACAACGUUUUGUGCCCAAAUCGGGCACCUAUCCCAAGGGGUUUCUGGCCGGGACGUCCCACGCCGGCGUGAAGGCGUCGAAUACACAACACGACGAUAUAGCGCUGGUCGUCUCGGAGAAGCCGUGCGUUGCUGCCGCCGUGUUCACUCGCAACCUCUUCCGUGCGGCACCUCUCGAAUUCUCCAGGGCCCUUCUGCAUCGCCGGCAAAACGCGGGCGUGCGUGGAGUGGUGGUGAACUCUGGCUGUGCCAAUGCAGUGACUGGAAAGAAGGGUCUCUACCAUGCAAACGAAAUGUCCAAAAGUAUCGAUCAAUGCUUUGAUCCGGAGGAGCACUUCCAAACCAACGAGGAGGAAUUCAAGCUUCGCACGCUCGUCAUGAGCACCGGGGUGAUUGGGCAACACCUGCCCAUUGAUCGCAUCCGAGAAGCAAUUCCCCGCGCCCAUGCUGCCCUUGGCUCGGAGCAUGAACACUUCAUGGCCGCCGCUCAAGCCAUCUGCACCACCGACACCUUCCCCAAGCUCAUCUCCCGCACCUUUACCCUGCCUUCUCACCCCGAAACCGAGUAUCGAAUCGCCGGCAUGACCAAAGGCGCCGGCAUGAUCCAUCCAAACAUGGGCACGCUGCUUGGCAUCAUCUGCACUGAUGCCAACAUCACGCCCGGAUGGGAUGUCAAGAAUGUUCUCACAUCGGCCAACGAGCGAUCUUUUAACUGCAUCUCCAUCGACGGCGAUACGAGCACGAACGACACCAUUGCCCUUUUAGCAAACGGGGCGGCGGCACCGGAGGGCAGUGCACCGUUGAGAUAUCGCAAAGGAGGGGCGAAGUGGAGUGGAGACGAGAAAGUGUUCCACGAUGUUCUGGUCGAAGUCAUGACCGAUUUGGCGCAGCUCGUCGUUCGCGAUGGCGAGGGCGCGACCAAAUUCAUCACGGUGGAGGUAAUGUCGCCACAUUCGAAGAAGGCCGCUCAACGCGCUGCAGCGAGCAUCGCGACAUCCGCACUGGUCAAGACGGCAAUGUACGGCCAGGACGCAAAUUGGGGCCGGAUAUUGUGUGCGAUUGGAUACGCGCCCGGAAUCGUCCACAAUCCCGUGCAACAAGCCUCGCCCGAGGAGAAUCAAGUCAACCCGGAGAAGACAUCGGUAUCCUUCAUCCCCGCCGACGGGAGCGAGGAGCUCAAGGUGUUCAUUCGGGGGAGGGCGCAAGAAGUGGACGAGAAGCGUGCAAAGGAGGUGCUGGAGAUGGAGGAGAUUAAGAUUGUGGUCUGGCUAGACGAACUACCAGAGGGCGGGAAGUGGCACACGGCGCGGUACUGGACUUGUGACUUUAGUCAUGAGUAUGUCACCAUCAAUGGGGAUUACAGGACGUGAUAUUAUGGAUCAUUCGAGCGGCA